GCUUGAGACUGCCCGAGCCAAUCACAGGCAGGCAGAUGCAUGUAAAAUUCGCCGCUGAGUUUGAGGACUGGAUUGAGCACACUGUGCUGUGGGACAGCAGGAAUCAAGCAUCUGGGGUCGCGCUCACAUAUAUUAAACUGAUGCGCACUAAUGCGCACACUGGCACAUCUGACGCGCGCCUUUGGUUACGCUUCUAUCAUGGUGGUACGCGUUUGAAUCGAGGAUUAUUAUUUUAGAAAGACUCCGGUUGUGAGUAUAAGGGACAUCCACUGCAUGUGACAGUUGUUAAUUUCCCCCGUGUUUGUUGCGUGAAAUCAUUGCUCUGCUGUUCGGACACCUCUUGCGCAUUAGAAAGCUUCCGAUAUCGAAGUUUGUAGCUGGAAUUGAUUUUCGGACUCGUUUUGGAGAUUUCUAUCAAUCGGACGGUGGUCUUGUUGUAUGGAUGUAGUGGCUCUGUCUGAGUCGGACCGAUCCGGGGGUUCCAGACGCGCUUCCCCGAGAUUCCCCAGCAGCAUCACCGUCCAGCCGAGCGCAUCCAGCAGCAGUCGACAUGAUCCUUCUGGGAAUACUUCUAAAUCUGUUCGUCAUUAAGGGGGCUGUUCCCUCUGUGGUGCCGGUGUUCCCCGGGACUGUGGACUGCAUAGAGGCUGUAAAAGAAUGUAUUGAGGACUCGGAGUGUAAGCGCCAGUUCCGGCACCUGGAGUACUGCGUGGACGAGGAGGCGGUGGCACCUCUCAAUAUGGAGGGACGGCAGGCCUGCGUCGACGCCCAGAACAACCUCAUGGAUUAUCAGAACCUGCAAGAAUGCAAGUGUCAGCGAGGGUCUCGCUUGGAACAACAGUGCCUGAGCGUUUACUGGACCAUCCGUUUUCCACAGGGUUAUGAUGACAUUGAGACGUCCCCAUAUGAAGACAUUGAACUGGAACUUGUGAGAAAUAGCGAAACAUCAAAACUAGCCUCAAUAGUUUCAGUGUCCUCUCUUCCCCUGACGGAUCAGAACCAGUGUCUGAAAGCAGCUCAGGACUGUGGGUUGUACGAGAAGUGCGGUUCCCUGCGCUCUGAGUACGCGUUAGCUUGCACUAAGAUCAUACCUGGCACGAACCAUUGUAACCGGCACAAAUGUCACCGGGCCCUGCGGAGGUUCCUGGAACGAGUUCCAGAGGAGUACAGCUUCGGUGUCUUAUUUUGUCCUUGUUCGGAUACUCUGUGCGGAGAGAGAAGGAGAAAAACCAUUGUGCCAUCCUGUUCCUAUGAGGAGCGAGACGGACAGCCCAACUGCCUCAAUCUGGAGAGUUACUGCCUCAAAGACAACCUGUGCAGGUCAAGACUGGCUGAUUUCCAGCAGAACUGUCAGCCGUCUUCCCUCUCUCCCUCCGGCUGUCUCCGGGAAAGUGGAGCCGUGUGCCUCAAGGCCUACGCUGGGCUCAUCGGUACCAUCAUGACACCAAACUACGUGAGUAACAGCAGUACAGAGGUGUCGCAGUGGUGUAAUUGCGAAGGCAGCGGGAAUCAGUGGCAGGACUGCCUGCGUAUCCUGCACAUGUUCAACAGCAACACCUGCCUGCGUAACGCCAUUGAUAACAUGGGAAGCUCCACCCCUCGUCCCGUAGAAGGCACGCCCCUUCCUCCACCUCGCCCCUCGCCUCAGGUCCAGCGUGAUGAUCUGAACAUCAACCUGCUGCCUGAACCCAAUGCAGUGGUUGAAAGCGAAGAAGAUGAGGAGGAAGAAGAGGAGGAGGAAGAAGAAGAAGACCAAACCGGAGGAGGAGGAGGAGGGUUCAACAUCAUCCCUCCAUUUCCAGACAAGGCGACAGUCACUAACCUGGGCUCUGAGGCUGGAAGAGUCCACAGCUCGGCCUCCACCUUGUCCAUCCCUCACUUCCUACUCGCGACCCUGCUGAUUGCCCUCCGCUGGGGGUAGAAACCCUCGCUCACCCACACCCACACACACGCACACUCUUACACAAAACAUGCAAACACACUUCCUCCUGAAGUACUCGCUCACAUCCAGACUCUAUCAUCGAGGGACGACAAG